AUGUGCGUGCGGGCCCGCAGUCGCGCAGUUUUAGCCAUAACGCCGCUUGGCAGACCGCGUCAGGCGUCGGGCGUCAGGCCGUCAUGCGCGACGGACGCUCCGAAACUUUGCGUCUCGGUUCGCAAUCACGUCGCGCAUACACUCGCGGUGUGCUCCGUCGGCGGCCCCACCGUGUCGGCGGCGGGCGUGGAGCGCACUUCGGACGGAGCUUGUGAUCAUCACGAACGCGGGCGAAAUCGUCAUUUGAAGCAGCUCGAUGUCGAUGUUCCGCUCGCACCGUGCGUGAGGGGUAUUGGAUUUCGAGUGCCGCGCACAAAAUCCAAUGAUUGCAGACUUAGCGCGCGCGCAACGUUUGGCAUGGCGGCGGGCGAGUUCCAGGCAACAGGACGCGGUCUGGCAGCCUUGGGUACGCACCCUCAAACUCUGCGCAUCCAGCUCGACUCCCCCUCGGUGACACAGUCUAGGCGCGUCGCCCAAAACGGCAGCUCGUUGAUGGGCCUGCACCGAUCCCGCUCCGGCUGCGCUUUUGGAUACCUGGGGGCGUCUGGCGGGCCUGCGGUGUCUCAGGCAGCAGCUCCGCCCUCUGGCCUCGCACGAUAUUGCUUCCUUAGUCGGGCGGUGCAUGCGCAGCGCAUCUCAGCUGUCCACCCAUUCAAUCGUAAUCAAGUCAGUGCUCGUUUUCCUGCUACCGGCGAAAGGGAUGCUUCCGCGUAUCUUCCGAGCCUCAAACGACAUUUAUUGCCACCUAUCGCCACCUACUACCGCCACCCACCGCCACUUUCCACGCCCUUCACGCGCCGCACACACACGCCUGCAGCUUCGCACGCUGCACCGCUGAGUGGCCGUCCACGCGGAGUUCGACGGAUCGCCUGCGGGUCGUUCGAUGAUGACCUCAGUCGCAGACAGGGCUCGCGGACGCCGCGGCGCGUUUCGCACACACGCGUCGGCCUCGUUCUCGACUGCGACGCGAUUGCCGCCGGGGCUGCAUACGUGGGACGGGCGAGCACAAGACCGGCUGAUUCUGGUCUGGUGGAGAUUUCUGGGCGGGCGGCUCCGGCGCGCGUGGGCAUCGGUGCGCACGCUCUGUUGGGAAGAUGGGCACCGCUGCGUAAGUAGGUGUUUCGGUUCGGCUUCCACGAUCGUACGUGGCGCUCUCGUGCUUUGCUCUCGAGGCAUGCGCCGACGGCGGCUCAGAUCCGCCCAAUUCGAGACUUUAUCUGUACCUAGCCUGCUCGCUGCCUAGGCACCUAGUGCCACCUCGAUCCACACGCUUGCGGAACCAAGCUGACACCUCUCGCCCUUCCCUUCCCAGUUCUAUCUCUGACUCUCUUUAUUAGCGCACUGCCUUUGCGUUCCGUAUAGCCAACGAUGUACAAGUGGACGACCUGCUGCACCGCUUGCCUCGUUCCUGGACUGGGGGCGCUGACGCGCGCCUACAGCUAUAUUGACGCCACUGGAUGCGCUGCCCAUCAACAUCGCGUCGGCAGAUUCGCUCUCGGUGCCUAAAUAUGGUGUGUCGGGGCUGUGAUCGCUGAUACCUCCGACUCGGGUAUAUGGAGCAGGCGGUUCGUUAGUGUAGGUCAUCCUUCCCGAGGACUCUGAUCGAGUGUACCGUUGAGCUGUUCGACGGCCGCAGAAAUUGUUGGGCUAACUUAAGUAUGUAGUCUCGUCGGGCACUGGACAGGCUUUCCAGCUGGAUUAAAUUAGAUCGGUACUUAUUCCGAACUUGUAUGAAACUUGUACAGCUGUAGAUAAAUAGAAGCUAAGCUUUAUUGGU